AUGGACAACAAGAGACAUCCCAGUUCGUUCCAGCAGCUGGAGAAGCUAGGAGAGGGUACAUAUGCUACUGUUUUUAAAGGUAGAAAUAGACAGACGGGUGAACUUGUCGCUUUAAAAGAAAUCCACCUCGAUUCCGAAGAAGGCACACCAUCGACUGCGAUUAGGGAAAUCUCGUUGAUGAAAGAGUUGAAGCACGAGAAUAUCGUCAGCUUACACGAUGUCAUACAUACUGAAAACAAACUCAUGCUUGUCUUCGAACAUAUGGACAAAGAUUUGAAGAAGUACAUGGAUACAUCAGGAGACCGAGGAGCUUUACCACCUCCUACCAUCAAGUCAUUCAUGCAUCAACUUCUUAAAGGAAUUGAUUUUUGCCACCAAAAUCGAGUCCUUCACAGGGAUUUGAAACCUCAAAAUCUUCUCAUCAACAUGAAGGGCCAACUUAAACUUGCGGAUUUUGGUCUCGCGCGUGCAUUUGGUAUUCCAGUCAAUACUUUCUCCAACGAAGUUGUUACUUUAUGGUAUCGAGCCCCAGAUGUCCUCCUUGGAAGUCGAACCUACAAUACCAGCAUUGACAUUUGGUCUGCGGGAUGCAUCAUGGCAGAGAUGUAUACAGGACGACCGUUGUUUCCUGGUACAACCAAUGAGGAUCAAUUGGUACGGAUUUUUAGAAUCAUGGGUACACCUUCUGAGCGAACAUGGCCUGGAAUCUCUCAAUUCACCGAGUAUAAGACAAACUUUCAAAUGUAUGCAACUCAAGAUCUACGAGUCAUCUUGCCUCAAAUUGAUGCGGUUGGUAUCGAUCUUCUUCAGAGAAUGUUGCAAUUGAGGCCAGAACUGCGAAUCAGUGCACAUGAUGCUUUGAGCCAUCCAUGGUUCAACGAUCUACCAGGGGCAAUGAGACGUCCACAAGUACAACAGGGACAGAUGCCGAUGCAGAGGGGAUAUGCACCACAAGAGGUAGCACAGGGAGGAUACCAGCAGUAUUGA